AAACUCAAACGAGAGGGGCCCCAAUUUGACAAUUGCCCAUUGUCAUCGGCUCCUGGCUCCACGGAGCCACCAGCCGCCCCCUCCCCAGCUGUACAAGGGGGGACAUGUCCCCCUCCAGCACCUGCACCGGGUGGGCUGCAUGGGGGCUGCUUGCUAAGUGAUCACUGAAACCUAAACGCGAAUGGCCAUGGGGGCCAGGCAACAAAAUAGCAACAGGAUGGCUGCUAAACCUGCCACGAUACCACGGCGAAACGCGCCUGCUGGCGGGCGGGCUGCGAGGGCCAGCACUGCAGAGCCCUGCUGAGACCAGGAUUCACAAAGUGCUGCUUCAAAGGAGCUCACAACUCUCUGAGCACUCCCUUGGGCUUGUGCUCGGGGUCUGCUUUGUCCCAGUCUCCCCCAAGGGCUGAGUUUGAGCCCUGGAAAAGAUCAGUGUAGGUGCUCACCUCCCUAAGGGUGGCUAAUGAGGAAAUGGAAAUGAUGGCCAAAGCCACAACUGAAUUCAUCAGUGCAGAUCUUUCCCAGCUUUGCACCACGUAUCUGAAGCACCUCUAAAACCUGCAGGGCAGAUGGAGUCUGCAUUUGGCUCCUCUCCAGGGCUGGGCAGGCUCUGGUGGGAGAUGCUCCUGCUCUCACCCUCCUCUCCCAGCUGAGGACUCACAAAGGCACAGAACUCAUUGAAGUUCAGCAUCCCAGAAAAUGGGGCUUGAGGGUUUUACUGAGACAUUCUAAACCAUCAACUUAGACAAGAUGUGUAGGGCACCAGGGCAAAGGAAGAGUUACAGGGGUCGUUCGGGAGGAGGGAGCAGCCACAAACUGCUGGGAAUUCUCUGUGUGCCAUCAUCUCCUCAUUGCUAGCAGAGACUGGGAGGCCGAGGGGGCUGGAUGGGUGUCAUUUGCAAUCAUUGCUUUCCAGAGCUCUCUAGAAUAUAAUGAGUCAUUUUGCAAAAAAACUCAACAUGUUUUGCUAAGUUUGAACUCAGAGCCUGGGUCAGGUGUCGCCUGGGAAAUCAAGGGAAUUAAAUUGCCCCUGAGCUGCCACCCCCUCAGCAUCCAUCAACUCCAAAAUAACCUCAUCUUAACUCCAUCUUCACUCCCCAGCAGCUUCUGGGUCAGAAAUUAGACCCAGCAGAGCCUUCAGAAAUCGUUCAUGGUGCAGUCUGACUGUCCCUUGCUCACCCUCCGUGCCCGUGCAGCAUCCCGAGGAGCCUCUGGCAGAGCUGGUGUCACACCCACGCCAUGGCCCGGGCAGUGGACACAGGCAGCUGCAGACAAUGUCCCCAGUCCCUCCUUGAUUUCCAGCUGAUGGCCACCGUGGGGCUUGUUUUGCUGUCUGAUUCCAUCAGCAGGAGCAGCAGCCCCUCCUGAGCCCUGUCCUCGGGAUUUGUGGUGUUCCCUUGGCCUCCCCUCCCCCAGGAGCCCAGCAGGACUCUGACCCUUGUCACAAAGUCACAGGGCUCAGGGCUGGGAGCAGAAUGAGCUGCCUUGCCAGGAAAACCCCAAGGAAGGCUCCGGGGGCUCUGCUGCUCCGUGCAGGAUUGGGGCACUCACAGAGGCAGCAAGAGCUGUGUCUGGACAUGGAUUAUAUGAGCCAGGGGAGGGGCCCAGGCUGGGAGCUGCUGUUCCAGGGAUUUGGCACUGGGCUGUUGAAUUCCAGCCUCAUCCCACUAAUGACAACCUGCCUGGGGAAAGAGGCCUCCCCUCUCUGUGCCCCAUUUCCCCAGGGGGACGCUCGGGCUGCUGGGGGGUCACAGGGUGCUGGAACUGGCUGGGUGGUGGGAGCAAGCUGGGCAUCAGCAUGACCCUGAAAGGCAGGGGACAGCCCUGGGGCCAUGCCAGGGGCAUGCAGGUGACCAGGGAUGGUGACAGCUGCAGUGGGACCAGCUCUGACCUGAUGCCCAGUGAUGAUGUGGGACCCCAUCUGGGUGGCUGCUCCCUCCACCCCCUGCCCCAGGAUGGAUUCUCCAGCCCCUCUCCCAAGGACACUGAAUGCAGACAUGCCCUGAGGUCACUGCGGGUGCCUGGGAGAGCAGGACAGACCCCAGCACAUCUCCCCAAAACACAUCCCAGCCCCUGGAGAAGGAAAAGGGUUAAACUGGUGUCUGGCUGAAAGACAUCCCAUCGCAGGAGCAUCAGCUCGAGGUGCUGCUCACGUGCUUGCACCCUCUGCCUCCCUGCCUCCAGCCACCUCACUGGGAUUUUCCCCACCUUCCUCCGGCUACCUGGGACCAGUCUGGGGCUAGAAGGGACUUAGGAGCAUGGGGGCAGUGGGGGAAUGCUGUGACAGCUGAAAAAUGAGCCACCGAGCAGUGAGAGAAGUUUCUGAAAAGAGAAGAGGAAUCUGCCUUGAAUGAAGAGGAUUUUAGCACCUUGGGCUAAGCCAAUAAACCUCUGCCAUCCCCAUCCGAACAGGAAUUGUUUGCACACGCUCCCGGAGCUGCUUAAAGCAGGCAAGACACAAAGAGAGAGUAGGAUCAAGCAUGGUGGGGGGAGAAACCCCCCUGCCUGGAGAGCCUGUGAGCAGAUCCCUAUAGGGAUCCCACAGGCACAGGGAGCUCGCCCAGCCCUGAUCUCCCGGGGACGGGCUGUGCCCCCACUGCCACCUCACCUCAGCGGGGCUGGCAGCCAGGAAGGUGCUCCCAGAAGAUGCUCUGUCCUGCUGAACACGCCAGCCCUCUCCACCACUGGCAGCGAUUCUGGUCCCUGAAGUCCCCAUCUGAGUGACACGGCAGCACCAUGGAGGCAUCUGGCCCCGUGGUGACUCUCCUCUGCUGCUGCCUGCUGAGCUCGGCGUGGGCUCUGGUUGAUCCCGAUGAUGUUCUCACCAAAGAAGAGCAGAUCUAUCUCCUGGUGGAGGCCAAGGAAAAGUGUCACAGGGACAUAAAGGCCCAGCUGGAGAAGAUCAAAGACCCCAGCUGCCCUCCAGAGUGGGAUGGGAUCAUCUGCUGGCCAAGGGGCUCCCCCAGCCAGGAGGUGUCAGUGCCUUGCCCCGACUACAUCUACGACUUCAACCACAAAGGUCACGCCUACAGGUACUGCAGUGCCUAUGGGACCUGGGCCAUGGCUCUCAGCAUCAACAAGACCUGGGCCAACUACACAGAGUGUGCCCUGCUCUUCUCCUCCGAGAGCCGGAGCCACCAGAAGGAGGUGUUUGACCGCCUGCACCUCAUGUACACCGUGGGCUACUCCAUCUCCCUGGCCUCCCUCAUCGUUGCUGUCUGCAUCCUCUCCUACUUCAAGCGCCUGCACUGCACACGGAAUUACAUCCACGUGCACCUCUUCACCUCCUUCAUCUGCCGGGCCCUCAGCAUCUUCCUGAAGGACAUGGUGCUCUACUCGGGCACGGCGCCCAGCGACGCCGACAGGACGCGCGAGGACCUUGGGGGUCCCCUGCCAGCACAACGGGGCCACCUGGCUGGCUGCAAGGUGGUGGUGACUCUCUUCCUCUAUUUUCUGGCCACCAACCACUACUGGAUCCUGGUGGAAGGUCUCUACCUGCACAGCCUCAUCUUCAUGGCCUUCCUCUCCAACAAGAACUACCUGUGGGUGCUCAUCAUCAUCGGCUGGGGUGUCCCUGCUGUGUUUGUGUCCAUCUGGGCCAGCGUCAGGGCCUCGCUGGCAGACACACAGUGCUGGGACCUCAGUGCUGGGAACAUGAAGUGGAUUUAUCAGGUCCCCAUCCUGGCUGCAGUCGUGGUGAACUUCUUCCUCUUCCUCAACAUCGUCCGGGUGUUGGCCUCCAAGCUCUGGGAGACCACCACAGGCAAGCUGGACCCCCGGCAGCAGUACAGGCAAGUGCUGCAGCACCACAGCCUCGUGUCCUGCCUGUUCAGCCAGGAUGGCUCCCCGAGGUCGUGGAGGAGGAGCAGAGGUGUGGGAAGGGCUGAAGGAGUGAGGAAGGGUGGCAGGAUAGUGGCAGCCAGCUCCUCUGGCAGCUCUGCUGGAUUGAAGCCUGGCUCUGGAGUUCUGAGCUCUUCCUGCUCCCACCUCCAGCCUGGCCACUGUGGGGCUGCCCUGCAGGCCCUGGGGAAUGGCUCUGAGGUCUCUCCUUUCAGGAAGCUGCUCAAGUCCACGCUGGUGCUGAUGCCACUUUUUGGAGUCCACUACGUGGUGUUCAUGGCCAUGCCCUACACCGAGGUCUCCGGGCUCCUGUGGCAGAUCCAGAUGCACUACGAGAUGCUCUUCAACUCCUCCCAGGGUUUCUUUGUGGCUUUUAUCUACUGCUUUUGCAAUGGGGAGGUCCAGGCUGAAAUCAAGAAGGCUCAUUUGCGGAGGCUCCUGGCGCUGCACCUGGGGCAGCAGGCACGCCCCGGGAGCUGCUGCUGUGCCGGGAGGGGCUGCCAGGCCCCCCAAAGCUGCAGCACCAGCCUGGCGGGGCGGGGAGCAGGGGGCACUCGGGGGCUGCUGCUGCCGGCCCGGCCCCGCCUGCCCUGCCCCGCGCAGGAGCUGAGCCACAGAGCCCGGGGCGAGCACACGGUGGACUCGACAGAGCUGACCCAGUGCCAGCCCAAGCCCAACAAGGAGAUGGAGACGAUGCUGUGAAGCAGAAGGUGGAUUUCCUACCUGCAGAUGUGCCUGGAAAGGUGCUGAUCCUCACGCUUGGGGCUCUGCUUAUGCUGCCACGGAGAGCCAGGGCUGGGAGAGCAGCCAGAACAACCCAGCUCCCUUUCUGCCACAGCCAGCGUGCAAAGGGACCACGUACUCUCACUCCUCCUCCACCCCGGCCCAAAAACAAGCCAUAAAACCUCAUUCUCCUCCACGUGCAAGUGACUGAUGUGAUCCCUGUGCUUGCAAAGCCUUGAGUCUUCACCAGGAGACACCGCAGUGUUUGUUCCCACCCCCACAAGUGGGAGGUGACUUCUCCAGGGGGUCAAAGCCCCUCCCGUGAGCCCCAUCCUGCCUCGGACUCCCCCACCAGCCCCAGCUCCAGCCUUGUCCAGCCGGGGGAGCACAGAGUGCCCGUGGGGCUGUUCUGCAGCCCAGCCUGCCCUCCUCAUCCUCUGCAGCUCGUGGAGGGAGUGAACACCAACACCAACCACAAACCGGAGCGGGAGGCACAGGGACAGGGUGGGAUGAAGGAGGCAGGAUGAACUUUAUGCCUGGAAGGGUGCAGGGAACACUUGAAUGCCCAACACUUCAUCCAUUACCACAAAGGCCCCUGCAUGCAACUGUCGUGGCCCUGUCAUCGCAUUGAAGGCUAAGAAGUGAAUAAAGAGAGUCUGCCUGGCUUGUUUCCAUCCUUGUACUCCAGCCUGCACCCAGCAGUGGGGGAAAGGCUGGAACCCUGGCCCUGUUCCCAGCCAGACCUGCCGUCCCUCUGCCCCUGCCAUGGACAGGAGCCCCAGCAUCCCCCUGCCCUGCCUGGGAAAGCUCCUCACCCCAGGAAAAAAGCAUUCCCAAGGAGCUGUGUAGAUGGCAGAUAAAUUAAACAGCAUGGUGGUGAUAGCAUGGAGCAUCUUCUUCCUACACAGCCCCUCAAGGCAGGAAUUUCUUGCUAAAGACAGGGACCAGGUGAAUAACUGUGUGCAUUCCCAUCUCUUCCAGUGAAAAGCUUUGGUGUUAAGUGAGUCAUAGGGAACUGGAGGGACAAACAGCCAGGAGCCAUGGCAGGGAAGGGCUCUAGGAUGCACAGUUUUAAAAUCAUCUCUGGGAAGGAAUUAGUCUCUUUGGAAGACAGCAGCCCAGCUGGCACUGCAGGGCCAGAUCCCCUCCCAGGGCAGCUGGAAUGCUGCUCACACUGCGCCCUUGUUCUGAGGGCACGGACCUCACACAGCCCCGCAAACUGACAGCUCUGCCUCCCCCUCACUGAUCAAUAUUUAAUCACUCUCUUCCCAAGGGGCUCCUGGAAGAUGGGAGAGGGGUGAGGAAUUCCAAUAAUCCUACAAGGAGCAGAGGGAAGUGUUAACAAGAAGGGAGAACCCCCAGCACGUGCCUCACAUGGGGCUGGUUCCAGUGGCAGCGAGCUGGGAUCAGGGAAGGGAGGGAGCAGCACCUCAGACUGUGGGGCUAUUUUCACAUUUUGUUUUGAAACUCCAGUCUUUAAUUGCAGCAGUGAGCCUUCAGGGUGAGAAGGGGAACACAACAGCUUGUAAAGCCCUGCCAGUCUGCCCUGAAACACCCUGGUCUUCACACAGAGCUCAAACCAGGGCAACAGACUGUGGGGAGGGAAUUGUGGAAAAUAGUUUAAAAAACUCCAGCAGAUCACAGCUGGUUUCUGAGACGGCCCAAAUAAUCACAGAGUGUCUGAACUGUAGCCAGUUCAGGUGGCAGUCAGACCUUGGGGCUGUUGCUGAGCUCUCCUUCCAGGCUUGCCCCUGACCCCAUGAAAAGCUGGGGGAAAUGAAUCACACGUCCUGGGCUGUAUCCUUCCCUCUUAUAAAGCAGAGGAAAAUCUAUUCUCCAGGAGACCUUGAAGCUAAACCAGGGUUUGUGAAACAUUUUGGGGUGAAAGAUACUAAGAAAACCCACAGGAAGUAUUUUAUCAACUACAAUCCACAACUUCUGGAUCUCCAGACUGUCAGUUCUCCAUUCGCACACCAGGGCAGCCAAAGGAAGAGGGGAAUAAAAAGCACAUGCUGCAUGUUUUUGUACCAGUAAUAAAACAUUUACUAGAGCAAGCAGAAAGUAAAUGCACAGCUGAUAAAGAAAACAUCACAAUGUCACAAAACCCUGACAGCUUCUGGUACAUCUUCCAGUGGAAACGAGCCAGCGGUGGGUGCUGACAUGUCCCAACUGAAAAGUUCUUCCCUACCUUGUGGCAAAAAAAAAGAAAAAGAAGUUAAAAAAAUGGGAAUACACACAAUGAGUUAAAAAUGGGCAAGUAAGAUUUUACAGAUUUACUACAUGUGUCCAAAACAAGGCCAGAUUUGAGCUGUUUCUUUUCAUUAAUUGUUUUCUGAGUUCUCCCUAAAGGCUUCUGAGCAACAGAUCCCUGAAUUUCUGCAUGUUCUUCCUUUAGCCACACUUACUGGGGGGCUCCAGCCCCUGAUUGUUGUGGCCUAUCUACAUUGUCUUCCCUUUUUUGUUUUUAAUUUGAAGAAAGCACUCAACCCUCUCAGAACAGAGGGUGCAUAGGCACAGCAGAGACACAGGUUUGCUAUGCAGGCUUCCACCAGAAUGAAGGAUCUUCGAAAACAGAAGGUUCUUAAAAAAAAUAUCUGGGCAAUGGGAUUGGAAUUAAAGUACUGACCACAAACAAGCCAGGGAGUCCAACCUACACUACAAGUGAAUUUGUGGUUUGCUGGGAUGGAGAAGGAUCCCUUGAACAGCUCCACACACAGCAAAAUUAAAAAAAAAAAAAAAACAAAAA